CCGCUUUACCCUGCUAAGGGGUUGAGACCGUUAUCACUGCGCAAGCCAUCAUUUACCAGCAGCAGCAGCGGUAGCAUCAACGCUUGUCCACCCCCACCACCCACACCGCACAGCGCCGGCAGCCACUGCACCAACACCAGCACCAGUAACAACUACAACUACAAUAACAGUAACACAAACAGCACAGCAACAACCACCAGUAGCCAUCACGGCCAAGUAGGCGCAGCCACACACAACAAUCACACCAACCAACACAACCGAACGAAAGGUGGCAGUACAACAACAACAACACAUUCAACAGACGCGCUAGGCACACCAACAGCAACAGGCAGGGGCAAUUCACCAGGCAAUCCAUUGCAGGUGAAAUAUUUUGAAUUCCCACCAAAUCUCACGCUACUAGCCACCGGUUCAACACCAUCGCUGGCGACAACAACAGCCGUAGCUUUAGCAGCAUCCACCACAAGCACCCCUGCACUCACAUCCGCCACAAAUUCACCCAAAAAUUUCUACCAUCAACCACAACAUCACUCACACUAUUACCAACCGCAUUUACACCAGCAUCAACACCAACACGCGCACCAUCAGCAUCAGCAUCACCAUUCCAACAAAGCCAACACACAUCAACAGCCGCAACAGCAAAUAGCACAAGAACAGUCACGCUACCACAACCACCAACACCACGCAAAGCAAACGCGUGCCGAUUUCGACGCCGACUUUAGCAGCGAAGCCGAAGAGCAACAACUCAGUCCGCCGCCACUCCUCAACGAAGGGAGUGUAGAAGUCGUUUUAGCCACGCCACCAGCAAACAAAAUGGGUCGACGCGAGAUUAAGCGUUCCAACACCAGCGGUUCCACCAUAAAAUCCUACGAUGGUGGUAGCGCAACCACAAAUUUUGUGGGGAAAUUUACGCAAAGUGUACGUCGUAUUGUGCAAGAUGUCAAGGACGAGGGAGCGCCAAGUGGCAUGACGCGCGAUGAGGUCAUCGAUACCAAUGAACGUUUAAGAGCGCUACGCUUGCGAUUGGAAGAGUCCUAUGAGACAGCUAAGAAAGCGCUUAUAAACCUCAUGAACAAAUAUGGCGAUUCGAAGAGUCAACGUAAUGUGUUCCAGCGCUAUCCAAUGCUAAAACUUAUGAUAAAAGAUGUUAUACGCUUAGAGACACAGUAUUGGACGUUGAUUGACAUACCCAGGCAGGAGAAACAAGAAACCGUACCCUCUUACGUGAUGCGUGCUUGUGCGAUUAUGGAGAAGACACAGAAAUCCGGUGAAGGUGUGAAGACUUCAGCCAAACUGGCCGAGGAGGCAAUGGAAAAGCGGGAACGUAUGGAGCGUUUGGAGGUUAUGACUACGGCACAAAUCGAACACGAGAAUACACAACUCAUAAAUGAUUUAUAUCGACUGCUAAAAAAAUACUUGGGACUGCGGCAUUUGAUCAGAGUGCUCAAGGAGGAUUAUGGCAGCUCAAAAAUGUAUCCGAUUUUCCCGCGUUACACAAUGCUCAAAGACAUGAUCAAAGGCAUUAUGCACGAUCCAGACUAUAUGGAAGUUUGUCAUGAAAUCAACAAUUGAACGAUUUAAUAAAACAAUAUGGAAAUGAGUGACACCUAUUGCAUAUAAAAUGUCAGCUGUAGCACGACAUAGUAUGAAGUUAAAUACAACAACAAAAUAAAAUAAAAUUUAGAUACAAUUUUUAUGCGCAACUAACGCCAAAGUAAAAAAUAGCCAAGUAAAUAAUAUAUAAAAUGAAAGUAAUAGAACAAAUACAUAUAUGUGUAUGUAAGUGUGUAUAACUAAAUUGCAUAAUCUCCAGCGUUUAUAGCGGGUUGUAAGGCUUAGUGCGUAAGUUAAAUUAAUAAUGAAACAAGUAUUAAAUUACAUUAAAUGGCUUUAUCAAGCAGUUCACUAGCCAACAUAAGUACUUAAAACGUAACAAUUUAUAUACAAACAAACAGAAACAACAACAACUUACUAAACAAGAAUUUAAACUAUUUUCACUUGUACCUACAUACAUACAAAUACAACACAUAUGCGAGCAUACAUUGGAGACAUAAAUUUAUGGCAAAUAUUUACUAAGCUGCAACAAAAAAUAUAUCCAUACAUAUGGUUGUGUGUAUCCAUGCGUGUAUGCGUAUACAAUUAUUGCCCUUAAAGCAAAAAUAUCACCAAGAGUUUGCCACUGCGUUAUUUACCAGCCAAAAUGCCAAGAAUUCGAGCAUUCGAUAAAUUGUUGUGCUAAGGACAGGCAUUGUUGCAGCAACAACAACACAAAUACAUACAUACAUACAUAGAGAAGUUAGUAAAAAUUUAUAUGCGUAUAUGUUGAGCACUAAAGGUAAGCAACUUCCAAGUAUCAACAAAUUAUACCACCGAACUAAGAACUACAGUAAACAGGACACCACCAAUUACACACACACACACACACAAAGACACAUAGACAUUGUACAAACAUACGCCAUAUGUAUGUAAUCCUGAGCUGCUUAACGGUAGCAUGUAACAGCUAUAAAAUACAAACCAGUAAAUAACAACAAACACUUUUACAAACUAUAAAUGUGCGCUUAAAUUGCUUUCUUAAGAAUUUACAACAAACUACAACUACUACAACACUAACAACAACAUUGUUAAGUAUCCGAACCGGAUAUAGAUAACACAUAUGCACACAUACAAACAACAGAGAGCACAUUUUAUAACUAGAAUCCUGCGUGUGUGCUUAUGUGUAGCAACAAUUAAAUUUAUACCGUUAUUUUAUAAAUUUACGUUAACUCAAAAUUACAAUAACAAAGCAUUAAAAACAUACAAACAAGUGAAAUCAAUGAAAACAUGCGUUUAAUAGCCAAAAUUGCUACAACAACUCUUGAACUUUCCAACUUAAGAAUGUACAUAUCGCACAGUACUAUAAAAAAGUCAAACAUAAAUUGCAACAGUAGCAAUAUUACAAAACUUGAAAGAAACAAAUGUGGAAACAAAUAAUAUUGAGAAAAUUGGCAAAAAUAACUAAUAAUAACAAAUAAUUUCUUAACUUUGCGCCUGAAAAUCAAAAAAAAAAACAAUGUUUCUAGUAAUUGUACACCUAAACACACAAACAUACAAACAUAGAUGUUUUAGAUAAAUCUAUUAAAAGUACUCAAUUGACAUAUGAAUAUGUAUGAGAAAAAACAAAUAUAUAUAUUAUUAACUAUAGUUAGACAAUAUGCGGGAAUUAUUCCCGAAAAAAAACUAAGAAAAAUAAUAAUCAAAAAAUAUUCGUUUAAGAAGAGUAAACAUCAAAUUUAUAGUAAGAAAAGAUAUCCUACUCCCUAAAAUUUCUUCCAUUGCUACUUGUUUGAAAGUUUUUUUGUACACAGUUUUCAAAAUCAGGAGAUAUUUUUGAAAAGAAUAUAAAAAAAUUCACAACUUAAUAUCGCGUAGAUGUGCCAAGAGUUGGCGAUUCGGACAAACUAUAUCAGCUGCUUAAAGAGCACCCAAAAGUAGUGAGUAGAGGCAAGGCGUAUGGAUAAUGACUAGUGUAAGUUGCCUCAAGAACACUACUCACUAAACCAUAUUUUAAACAUUAAGGAAUAAUUAUUUCAAUUAUUUUCGAACAUUUUCGAUUUAUUCCUGCAUAUAUACUAUUUCUCUCAAAUGUAAUACGGUAACAAUUUCAUUGCACAAAUUAAAAGAAUCAACGGUUUUUGUAUUUAUAGUUUUCGAAAGAAGAAGUUGAAAAAGCAACUGAACAUUCAAUAGUUCGGCUCUCUAUAAAGAACUGAAGAAAAUUAUCUUCAUAAAAAUAAUUUUGAUUAAUUUUCAACAAAUUUAAGUUUAUCGAAGUUAAAAUGCAGAAUUCUGUGUUUUUCAAAUUUGAAAUUUACGUAUUUAAUAUAAAGCUAUGUUCAUAGUGAAGGUAAGCCCAAGGAAGCGACGCGAUUUUUUUAUUCUUUUGCCCAGUUAGUUCUUGUGUCAUAACACUCCUCCGCAUAUUAAACCCAACUAAUUCUUUCCGGGAGAUUGAUUAAUAAGUAACAAAAAAAUAUAUUCUAAAAUUUUCGAAGUUAGCCUUCAAAAUCGAAAUUUCCGUAUUCAAAGUUCGAAAAGAGGCCUUUUUUUUAAAUAAUUAUUAAUUUCAGGAUAUAGCUACUAAACAAUCUAAAGUAUAGGCAAAAUCUAAAGUUUCUUCUUAAUUCAAUGGUAUAUAAAACAUUUUUGUCGAGCUUGGGUGGCAGAUGUUAAAGGGAGUGCAGUAUUUUUGAUAAAGUUUUUAUUUUUUUCGAAGAUCACACUUUGACCCUCCAUAGUCCUUUUUUCGAACUUCGAAUUUCGAUUUUGGGACUCUAACUUUCUAAAAUCGGAGAAUAUAUAAAUAAUUAGUUUGGUCCAAUACCCAGAAAAUAAGUGGUUUUUGCCGCAUAAUGUAAUAAAUCACUUGUUUAUUGAUAAAUUAAUAAUUUAAUGAGCAAAAUGAGGAUAAUAUUGUCUGACGAAACCUACCAUGAAUUCAAAUGUUUCAAACGUAUUUUUGUAAAUUUUUUUAGACGAUCACACCUUGGAACAAAUAUUUUAAAGUCUUUUUUUGCGCCAUGCGAUUUUUUAGUUUCUCAUACAAGAUUAUCAAAAUAGAUUUGAAAGGGAGUUACUAAGAAAAAAAUCAAAAAAUUAAAAUAAUUGUAAAACAUAAAAUACUAUUAAUUAGCUAAAAUGUAAUGAAAAACUGAUUCAUUGUACUAAAACACGCAUAACUGUAACUACAUACAUAUAUAAAUUUAAAUAUAUAAUGGAACAUUUGUAUGGUAAACUUGUACAAAAAAUAUUCAUUUAUACCGUAAAUACAUAAAUAAUAGUAAGAGAACAGAAAACACAGGCUUAUCGAAGCCUAAAACAGUUACAAAAACAAACAAAAAAUAACUGUAAUCAAAAUGAAACAAAAAACCAAAACAAAAGAAAACCGCAAUUAAUUUAUAAUCAAAAUACAAAAUAAUAAUAUUGGAAAAUAUCAGUAAAAUAUUCAAAUUAUACGCUUACUUAAAAGAAACGCAGAGUUUUUGAUAUGUCGUGAUUUUGCAACAAACAACAAAGUAUUAGUUAAAAACACAAAUUAUAUAUGAUAUUUAUAAACAAUUAAUAAAAAAAUUGCAUGCAAUAAAUUCUGAAAUAAGAAUUAAAAUAAAUGAAAAUAUAGCAAAAACUAUUAAAAAUAUAAUAUAAAGCAAUUUAUAAAGUAUUAAAAUUUGUAGGUUAAAUUAGCAAAACUAGCAUACGCAUAAUCUAUAAAAUAAUCAAAAAAAUAAAAAAAUAUAAAUAUAAAAAAAUUACAAAAAUAUGAAACUGCAUACUAGUUUAUAUGUGAGCUUUAAUUUGUAAAGUGCUUAGGAAGUUUCAUAUUUUCCAAAAAAAAAAUAAUUAAUAAUGAAAUUGCUAUGAAGACAUAUGUACACUCAUUUUUGAGGUUAUAAAUUGAAAGUGCAGUACAAUCUAGUUUGCAAAAAUUAUUAUUAAUUUUCAUUAACAAUUUCAAGUAAAAGAAGUUCUGAAUUUUAACAGCAAGGUUUCAUACCAACUUCUCUUUCAAAAAAUUACUGAGCUAUUUCAGAAUCUUUAAAAUACCGAAGUAUUUCAAAUUUAGUGAAUAUUUUAUUUCAAAUACCAAAAAAGUAGUUUUCCUUUUGAAUUAACCAAAUAAAAAACACUUGAAAUUUGCUUUAAAAGUAUGGAUUAAUAGCUUUGACCUUAGAGCUUUUUAGAUAAAUUAAAAAAAAAAAAACAAAGUUGCAACAAAACAAAAACUAAAUGUAAUUAUGAUAUAUAAUUUCCUAUAUAGUAACCCAUGUCUUCGUUGUUUAACAAUUUUUAUAAGAACUCGUACAAAUAAUAAACAUAUAUACUUAAUAACAUAAACUUAUCUAUAUACAUA